UCCCAGGCCCAACCCACUCCACUUCUCCCCGCACAGACCCGACUCGGACAGCUCUUCCUUGUUGCGGUUGCCCCCCCCCCCCCCCAAUUCCUCUUCCUCCUUUCUAUUUCAAUCUUCUUCUUGUUUCGAGUCGAAGAAAGAUAUCUACAAUUGGAUAUCAUGUCGGAAACGGAAGAACCCAUUAAGCGCGAUGUGCGCAACCAUAUGCUCUUCGAGGUGGCCACGGAAGUGGCCAACCGCGUGGGCGGGAUCUACUCGGUCCUCAAAUCCAAAGCUCCAGUCACCACCGCGGAGUAUGGUGAGCGGUACACGUUGAUCGGCCCGCUCAACAAGGCUUCUGCCGCAGUAGAGGUCGAGGAGCUGACGCCGUCUAACCCGGCUUUGCGGGAAACAAUCCAAUCCAUGAAGGAACGGGGUAUUGAGAUGAUCUACGGUCGCUGGCUGAUUGAGGGAGCUCCCCGAGUGCUUCUCAUUGACACCGGUACUGGCUACAAGUGGUUGGAUGAGUGGAAGGGCGAUCUUUGGACUUCCUCGGCCAUUCCAUCCCCCGCCGGCGAUCAUGAGACCAAUGAGGCUAUUGUUUUUGGAUAUUUGGUAGCUUGGUUUUUGGGAGAGUAUAUUGCCCACGACCGUCGCCGGGCGGUCAUUGCCCAUUUCCAUGAAUGGUUGGCUGGUGUAGCUCUGCCUCUCACCAAGAAGCGCCACAUGGAUCUCACCACUGUCUUUACUACUCAUGCAACGUUGCUGGGUCGCUAUCUCUGUGCUGGCUCGGUUGAUUUCUACAAUAACCUCCAGUACUUCGAUGUGGAUGCGGAGGCCGGAAAGCGAGGCAUCUACCACCGUUACUGCAUCGAGCGGGCUGCUACUCAUUCCUGUGACGUCUUUACCACGGUCUCGCACAUCACCGCUUUCGAGAGCGAGCAUCUGCUGAAGCGGAAACCCGACGGCGUGCUGCCCAACGGUCUGAAUGUGAAGAAGUUCUCUGCCAUGCACGAGUUCCAGAACCUGCACUCCCAGGCCAAGGAGAAGAUCCACGACUUUGUUCGGGGUCAUUUCUACGGUCACAAUGAUUUUGAUUUGGAUAAUACUCUCUAUCUCUUCACUGCGGGUCGUUAUGAAUUCCGCAAUAAGGGUGUCGAUAUGUUCAUUGAGGGGCUGGCCCGUCUCAACCAUCGCCUAAAGUCCGCUGGGUCAACCAUGACCGUCGUUGCCUUUAUUAUUAUGCCGGCGCAGACCUCGUCGCUGACAGUGGAAUCACUGAAGGGACAGGCCGUGGUCAAAUCCCUGCGCGAUACCGUGGAGAAUAUUGAGAAGGGCAUUGGCAAGCGCAUGUAUGAGCGCUGCCUUGCCUGGAAGGAGGGUGACAACAUGCCCGACGAGAAGGAUCUCAUUACCAGUCAAGACCGCGUUAUGCUUCGUCGUCGCUUGUUCGGCAUGAAGCGUCUCGGUCUUCCUCCCAUUGUGACUCACAAUAUGCACAAUGACCACGAGGAUCCCAUCCUGAACCAGAUUCGCCGGGUCCAGUUGUUCAACCACUCGUCCGACCGUGUCAAGGUUGUCUUCCACCCCGAAUUCCUCAACUCCGCCAACCCCGUCUUGCCGCUUGACUACGACGACUUUGUUCGCGGUACCCACUUGGGUGUCUUCCCCUCCUACUAUGAGCCGUGGGGAUACACGCCUGCCGAAUGUACCGUGAUGGGUGUGCCCAGCAUCACCACCAACCUGUCCGGAUUUGGUUGCUAUAUGGAGGAAUUGAUUGAGAAUUCCUCGGAUUACGGAAUUUAUAUCGUGGACCGUCGCGCCAAGGGCGUCGACGAUUCGGUGAACCAAUUGUCCGACUUUAUGUUCAAUUUCACUCAGAAGAGUCGCCGCCAGCGUAUCAACCAGCGUAACCGCACGGAGCGUCUGAGUGACUUGCUCGACUGGAAGAGAAUGGGCUUAGAGUAUGUCAAGGCACGCCAACUGGCGUUGAGAAGAGCCUACCCGUCCUCCUUCGAGGGUGAAGAGGAGUACUUCGAUAUCAUUGGAGGAACAGACCACAAGGUCUCUCGCCCGCUUUCUAUUCCUGGAUCCCCCCGGGAUCGCUCCGGAAUGAUGACCCCCGGCGACUUUGCCUCUCUGCAGGAAGGUCAUGAGGGGCUCAGCACCGAAGAUUAUAUUGCUUGGAAGCUGCCUGAAGAAGAAGAGCCCGAAGAGCACUUCCCCCUCACACUGCGAACCCGCAAGAUGGCAGACCGGGCUGCAUCACCGUUGGACAGUAUAUCGGUCAAUGGAUCGGUCAAUGGUCAACAAAGUCCGCAGUAG